AGUGUAAAAAUGCAAUAUCUUAUCGCUGCUUUUGCAGUGUUUCAAUUGUCUCUUGGAGAUGAGUUCUCAACAUCCGCUCUGACUUCACCAUAUCUGAAAAUGAAUGGAUCUCUCAUCACAAGGGUCCGUUCAAAAAGACAAUGUUGUGCAAUGUGCCCUUCAGGUAACUGUGGAUGCGGUUCGUGCAGCGGAUUCGUCACUUGUCCCGAUCGGUGUCAACCAAUGUGCACGCAAGCUUGUGUUAUGGCUAAGACCUCAGUUUGUGUGGAUCAAUGUAUGCCAAAAUGCGAUUCAGCAUGUAUAAAUUUAGUUAGAUCGGGACCAUCUUGUGACCAGCAGUGUAUGCCAUUAUGUCUCCCAGCUUGUAUUAACGCCAUCCAAGGACCGACGGAGUGUGCUCCACAGUGCAUGCCAUCAUGCUCAUCAAAUUGUAUUCAGCAAGUAUUCCCGAGCUGUCCUCAACAAUGUCAACCGGUGUGCACUCCACAAUGUAUCCAGUCAAUCCAAGUAGCAAUUCAACGUCCAACUUGUGCUUCAUCGUGCAUGCCUUCCUGCUCCCAAUCAUGCAUCCAGAAAUACGAAAUUACCGUCGAGCAAGAGACUUGUGUUCCAGCAUGUAUGCCAGCAUGCUCAUCGGCUUGCGUUCAAGCAGUCACAUGCAGUACCUGUACCAAUAAUUGCCCAUCUAUCUGCUCGCAAGCGAACUGCAUUCCACAGUGUAUGCCAAGAUGCCUCCCAACCUGCAUUCAACAGAUUCAAAUAUCGGUUCCCCUACCACCCCCGGCCCCAAGAUGUGACUCAAUGUGUAUGCCAUCAUGCUCCCCAUCUUGUGUACAGCAAUAUUCAUUGUGCCCCCAACAGUGUAGACCAAUGUGUACAAAUGCGUGUGUCACCAAUCUUCAGGUAUCCCGACCAGUGUCUCAGUGUCUUCCAGCAUGUAUGCCAUCUUGCACGUCUUCCUGUGUCCAAUCAAUGUGUCCACAGCAAUGCUAUCCGAGUUGUGACAUGAACUGCAUUCAGCAAUACGCCGUUCAAAUGGCUCCAACGCCAUGUGCAGCUCAGUGUAUGCCUCUAUGCGAGAGUAGCUGCAUUGCUAGGCUGUCAUGCGUCCAAACCUGUAUGCCUGCUUGUAGUCCAACAUGUGUUCAGAAUUAUGCGGCUGGCCCGAUUCAAUGUGCACCGGCUUGUAUGCCGCUGUGCCAGCCGACUUGUGUACAACAGCAUGCCGAAGUAGUUGUAGCUUGCGGAGUUCCUUGCCAAUGCCAGCCAGGAUAUGUGCAAUGCUCACAAAACCUCUGCUGUUUGAAGUACAAGAAUAUGGCUGCAAAGUUUCGCAAGUUGAGUGGCUCGACGACAAACUCUAACAAUAAUGGCAAUAACGGUCACAACAACGGUCCAAAUAACAACAACGACGAGGAUGAUGAAGAUAAUAAUAGUGCUGGCGGCAGUUACACAGAGCCAAUGAGAGACUCACCAAAGACCUCAAAGUCAAACUCGACUAGUUCGGAAGAGAAAAACAGCGGAAAAACAUUGUCUGCAUUCUCUGACACUCAAAUGGACGGCGACUCGUACGCAAAGGCUUAGAGGAGGGGCGGAAAUGUUUCCAUUUAUAAUUUAUACUGAUUGGUUUUUCUUAUGUACGUAUAUCAAAAAGCAAUCAAUCGUGCUGGUAGUUAGAGACUAUUUGAAUAAUAAGAUUAAAACUAAAUAAAUAUUCAUUUUUUUAA